CAGCGGGGGCGGCGCAGGCGCACUGUGCCCCGCGGAGCCUGCAGUUCCCGAGCCCCGUGUGCGGCACCGCCACAGUCUGGGCAGCGGCGGCCGGGGGAGCGCUACUACCAUGAACUGCCUGGUCCUCCUCCCCAGAGCUGCUCAUCCAGGUCGGGCUGGAGACACACUCAGGGGACCCUGUCGCCGCCGCCGCGCCCCCUCUUCUUUCGGCUCGAUCUUCUCCUCCACCUUUACCUCCUCUUCCUCCACCUUCUCUUCCUGCAUCCCCCCCUCCCCCGCCGCGGAUCCUGGCCGCUGCUCUCCAGACCCAGGAUGCCGGGGGGCAAGAGAGGGCUGGUGGCACCGCAGAACACAUUUUUGGAGAACAUCGUCAGGCGCUCCAGUGAAUCGAGUUUCUUACUGGGAAACGCCCAGAUUGUGGAUUGGCCAGUAGUUUAUAGUAAUGACGGUUUUUGCAAACUCUCUGGCUAUCAUCGAGCUGACGUCAUGCAGAAAAGCAGCACUUGCAGUUUUAUGUAUGGAGAAUUGACUGACAAGAAGACCAUUGAGAAAGUGAGGCAGACUUUUGACAACUACGAGUCAAAUUGCUUUGAAGUUCUUCUGUACAAGAAAAACAGAACCCCUGUUUGGUUUUAUAUGCAAAUUGCACCAAUAAGAAAUGAACAUGAAAAGGUGGUAUUGUUCCUAUGUACUUUCAAGGAUAUUACAUUGUUCAAACAGCCAAUAGAGGAUGAUUCAACAAAAGGUUGGACAAAAUUUGCCCGAUUGACACGGGCUUUGACAAAUAGCCGAAGUGUUUUGCAGCAGCUCACGCCAAUGAAUAAAACAGAGGUGGUCCACAAACAUUCAAGAUUAGCUGAAGUUCUUCAGCUGGGAUCAGAUAUCCUUCCUCAGUAUAAGCAAGAAGCGCCAAAGACGCCACCACACAUUAUUUUACACUAUUGUGCUUUUAAAACUACUUGGGACUGGGUGAUUUUAAUUCUUACCUUCUACACCGCCAUUAUGGUUCCCUAUAACGUUUCCUUCAAAACGAAGCAGAACAACAUAGCCUGGCUGGUGCUGGACAGUGUGGUGGACGUUAUAUUUUUGGUUGACAUUGUUUUAAAUUUUCACACGACUUUUGUGGGACCUGGUGGAGAGGUCAUUUCUGACCCCAAGCUGAUAAGGAUGAAUUAUCUGAAAACUUGGUUUGUGAUCGAUCUGUUGUCUUGUUUACCUUAUGACAUCAUCAAUGCCUUUGAAAAUGUGGAUGAGGGAAUCAGCAGUCUCUUCAGUUCUUUAAAAGUGGUGCGUCUCUUGCGACUGGGCCGUGUUGCUAGGAAAUUGGACCAUUACCUAGAGUAUGGAGCCGCAGUCCUCGUGCUCCUGGUAUGUGUGUUUGGACUAGUUGCCCACUGGCUGGCCUGCAUAUGGUACAGCAUUGGGGACUAUGAGGUCAUCGAUGAAGUGACGAACACGAUCCAAAUAGACAGUUGGCUCUACCAGCUGGCCUUGAGCAUUGGGACUCCGUAUCGAUAUAAUACCAGUGCAGGGAUAUGGGAAGGAGGACCCAGCAAGGAUUCUCUGUACGUGUCCUCUCUCUACUUUACCAUGACAAGCCUUACAACCAUAGGAUUUGGAAACAUAGCUCCUACCACCGAUGUGGAGAAGAUGUUUUCAGUGGCCAUGAUGAUGGUUGGCUGUAAGUAUCUCGUUUUUCUUUUUUAAUUACCAAAAAAUUAUUGUUGGUGGUGGUUUUCCAGGCUCCAGUCUCUAACAAGAUUAAAAUGAAACUACUUUGUCUUCGGAAAGGUGUUUAUUCCAUAUUAUUUGCAUUGGUUUAAUUUUUAUUCAGCCUUAGAAAAUAAAAUGCAAAAUAAUACAUUUUACUUUUCAGAAUGUAUUGAGCACAUGAAAAACAGUGUUGAUAGAGUGGUACGAAAAUCAGAAUGGGAACUCUUUGAUUUAAUUCUGUUCACAGCCUUGUAACCAGCAGAGCUCUUUCCAAGGGAAACCAGCAUCUAGAAAGGCAGCAUCUGGCACAUCCCAUAGGUUUUGUUGGCAGUGUAUUAAAUUCCAAAAAAAGCAGCCAGGAUAUGAUGGGUGAUACAUAGUUUAGAAAAUACUUUAGUUAGUAAUUGAAUUCUUGACUAACGUUGAUCUCAGGAUAGUUUUCUGCAGGUUUUUACAAUUAAGAAGAAUAAAAGUUUCAUAAAUUUAGUCUCCGUAGCAAACACUCUAGGUUAAUAAACACUCUAGGUUUAAUAUAUGCUCCUUUGAGAGAAUUAAAGGAUUAGUAAAUACGAGCUCAUUUGGCAAUGACAAAAGUAUCUGGGAGUUAGCAGGCUUCCUGAGUACUAAAUGCCUGGAUGGUGUUCCUGGGACUAGAAUGUUCUCUAAAGGAGUUGAGAGACCAUGUGUUCUACACUCAGACUGAGACUGGAUUGUGUCAGAUCAGAUAUUAAGGAAAUACGUAUCAAAGAAGCUAUUUUAAAAGAAGAUUAUGGGGGAGACUUCACCAUUACCUACCCCUUCAAGUUGACUUAGAUGAUUUAUCCAAGCCUAAUUCUAACCCCCCAGAGUAACCUUAAGAUCAUUGUACUGGAGGUAUGAUUAGUGUUAUUAGUACUUGUUAAGCCUUUAGGUCAUGGUCAUUGGUUUGUGGUAUAAGACCUCCUUUCUGAGAUUCCAUACUGGGAAGGU